GUCUGUCUCUCUCAUGGCCUCCGAGCGCUCGUCCGCUGAGAGUCGCUCCUCGCACCUGAGCUCUGACCCCAGCAUCAUCGGCACCGCCGCCGCCGCCAACAGCAUGUGGGAGGAGAGCUUCGACACAGAGAAUCACGGCGUGAGCACUAAGAGAGAUUACUCUCCCGUGUCCUGGAGCGAAUACUUUGAAAUGAUGGACGAUGUGGUCAUCGGGUCAGGAGAGACUAAGGAUGUGUUUCGUGUGUAUAAGAGCGGUCAGGACGGUCCACUGCUGGUUCUGCUUCACGGAGGAGGACACUCGGCCCUGUCCUGGGCUGUGUUUACGGUACGAACACGCACUUAUCACAUAAACCGUAUCUUGGUUUAGAACAGAGCCAGUGCCAGAAUUGUCAACUUUCUACUG